AUGAAAAACUUGAAGAGUUAUAUUAAUUGGUGCACCUGUCAGAAAGCAACCAAUGAGGUUUGCCGUGCAGCCGUCGUCGGUCGGCGACGCAUAGAGCCUUUCUUACCCAUACCGCCAAUCACCAAGCUGAUCCUGCAUCUACAUCCACUUGCAAACUACUUCUCACAACCUUCAGCUCGGACUCUCCACAUACCGCCCUACCGCUAUCGCGACAGACUCGAUUCAGAGCCUUCUGGGGUAAAGCAGGCAAUCCUUCAACAUGGGUCGCGUUCGCACGAAGACCGUGAAAAAGUCAGCGCGUCAGAUCAUCGAAAAGUACUACUCCCGACUGACGCUUGAUUUUCAAACCAACAAGCGCAUCUGCGAUGAAGUCGCUGUCAUUCCUUCAAAAAGACUGCGCAACAAGGUCGCAGGGUUCGUGACCCACUUGAUGACGAGAAUCCAGAAGGGACCGGUGCGCGGUAUCUCCCUUAAGUUGCAGGAAGAAGAACGCGAGCGUCGUAUGGACUUCGUCCCUGAGGUGUCCGCGAUCGAUACUGAUGUCAUCGAAGUUGAUAGCGAAACCAGGGAUAUGCUUAAGGAGCUUGACCUCGCGAAGCUUCCGGGGCUCGUUCUGCAGCAAACACAGACUGGUGGCCGCGGACGACGAUAUGAGCGACGCUAGAAACGUCUAUACGUCGGAAGAUAUGCGCAGCGAUCCCGCGAUCCGCCUCAUGGAUGGUAUCAGAUGCCAAGCGUUGCUUCUCACAUGGGCGUCACGAACGACCCCAUGCGCUACCUCGGUGACAUGUAUUUCUCUGAGUACUACCUUCCAGCGUAAAGAUAUGCUCGCUACUGGCCCAAUCCUAGAGCAUUUUUGCCAUUUUAUGUCGUGGUUGAACAUUUUAUGCUAGCUUGGAGGCAAAUGCACUUCAAACUGAAGCAUGAUUUACGUAGAAGGCGCAAUGUUAAACCCACAGGUCAUAGUAGGCGGUAUUCC